CUCUCCGUGCCAUGCCGCGUUCUUUGAGUUCGGCAGUCGAGAGCGGUCCCCGCGCUAGACCGCGGAUCCUCGAUCCUUGUACUCAGGUGCCAUUGGCGAUGUGUAUCACGGGGAAGAGAACAUGUUGUCUCUUUAUUGCCACUCUUCGAGCCGUCGCCCAGGACUCAACGGACCAACAAACACAAGUCCGAAUGAACCAUGGAGACUCAGAAAGCAACGGCUAGCUGGCACGAUCCCAGCCUCCAAGUCGCUGCCGUCAUCCUUACAAUCAUAUGUUUCCUUACCAUCCCUCUCACUUACAAUGUGCUCUUCCAUCCUCUGGCUCGAGUCCCGGGGCCUUUCUUGGCCAAAUUGAACGACUUUUGGCACGCAUACCAGCUAUACACAGACAUGAGACAUGAAACGCUCUGUAAACUCCAUGAUCAAUACGGUCCUUUGGUGCGUCUGGGCCCGAGCACGAUCUCCGUGAACACUACGGAAGGUUAUCAGAAGGUUUACUCGGCGACAUCACCAAUCGACAAAUCGCCAUUCUACCAGAGCUUCACCCCAGGCUUUCAAAGUAGUUUCUCUUCGAUAGGUGCUGCGUACAAAGAGAAGAAGUCCAUCCUCUCUCAAGCAUUUUCUCAGAAGAAGCUAGACGCUAUGGAACCAGCAUUUAUGGGGCAUAUUUGGAAGCUUUGCGAGGUGAUGAAAAGUCAAGGCAAGGUGAACUUGGAUGAUUGUUUAUCAGCGUUGACGAUUGACAUCUUAUCGGACGUUUGUUUUGGCGAAACGUUUGACUUGCUUCGCAACCCUACAGAGAAGGCGAAGGUCAGCGAUGGUUUAGUGCAAGCGGCAAAGUUUGUCUCAUUGGAGGGUACUCUUUGGAGAUGGCCUUUGUUGCAGCGCAUGAUUCGAAAGCUCUCAUACAGCUCUACGACUCGAGGCUAUCCAGCAAAGAUGGCCAUUGGCGCCAUGAUCAAACAGAGACAGAAUCCCUCCGGCAGGCAAGACAUCUUUAAUUACCUCCUUACGGCCAAAAGUCCUACCACCGACACGCCCUUUCCCGAUCGCGAGCUGUUCGGCGAAGCGAUCGUCAUGUUUGUGGCAGGGUCUGAUACCACAUCUACAGCGCUUUUGACAAUAUUGUGGCAUUUGUUGGCCCAUAGAGAUGCAUACGACAAGCUGGCCUUGGAGGUCAGAUCUAUAGUCACGACGCACGAUGAGUUGAGCUACCACAAGAUUCAGCACCUGCCAUAUCUAAGAGCUGUGAUAGAGGAAGGAUUGAGAAUCUUCCCACCAAAUGCGGGUUUCAUUCCGAGGCAGGUCCUCCAAUCCGAUGGUGCUUUCGUUCUCCACGGCAUACCUCUGCCAGUGGGAACGGAAAUUGGCGUUGCAAACAUGGCGAUGCAUAGAAACCCAAUCUAUUUUGAACGACCUAACGACUUCAUGCCAGAACGCUGGAUCGGCGACGGGCAGUCCGCGGUAAAGGACAAAUCUGCUUUCUCUCCCUUCUCCAGAGGCCCGAGAGCAUGUCUUGGAAGAACAAUGGCCUACAUGGAGAUGUCUCUAGCUUUGGCAGCAAUAUUCUUGGAGAUGGACAUGGAAUUUGAGGAUUCCGAUCUUGAGGCAAGGCAGGGUUACACAGCGACAGAUUCUUUUGUUCUCGUGAGACCAAAAGCUAACAUCAUCAUAACACCUCGCCGUUGAGAGGACGCAGUCGAUCUAAGAGGUAUAUGGGUCUCUCCUCUGGUGGCAAGCAGUCGCUCUGUUGCUAUCUUAGCAGAGCGGCAGAGGCUGAAGAAGCUGCUACUAGAAGAAACCUCGGGCCAUUAAUCAUGGUCACAAGGACAUGGAGUAGAGACCGAUCGGGUCCCAAUUUGUGGUUGCAAAGACGGGAGUUAUUUAGGCUAAAGGUGUUAAUCAUUCACCCCUGCUACUUUGAUCACGGGCAUCCGGCAAGGUCCAGGAUGCCCUCAAAAAGGGAUGAUCGACAUUGCUGAUGGACUAAGAUCCCACGCACAAGAGACUUCAAUAGUCACCGAGU